GCUACCUUGAAACUAGUAAGGCUAAGUUUGUAGUACAAAGUUCUUCGUUUUUUUUUUGUUGUUGUUGAAAAAAUUACUAUACAAAUGGGAUCUAACAAGGAAGUUCCUGCUUGUAGCGAAACGGUAUUAGUGACGGGAUUUGGGCCAUUCGGCGUUCACAAAAUCAACGCUAGCAUGGAAACUGUCAAACUAUUACCCAGUCUAGAUCUAGAACGAGAGUUCGGAAUCCAAUUAGUAACGAAAGAGAUACCAGUUGACUACGAUUACGUUAAAACCCAGAUUCCGCAAUUAUGGGAAUUGUAUAAACCAAAGCUGGUUGUUCAUGUUGGAGUCUCAGGAAUGGCACAGGAGUUAACUUUGGAGACUCAAGCUUUCAAUAGCGGAUAUGGUUCUUUGGAUAUUCAGGGCUGUGUGCCAGAAGGUGGUGUUUGUGUUAUAGGAUCCUCAGAUCGACUAGAAUCUGCCAUUGAUAUGAGAAAAAUAUGUCAAAAUGUUAAUGACUCCAACUGUGAUGUAGUUUCUUGUAUUUCAACUGACCCAGGUCGUUAUCUCUGUGAUUUUGUAUUUUAUUCAUCCCUUCAUGUUGAUAGAAGUAGAGUUGCAUUUGUUCAUGUUCCUGUUCUGGAUAAACCAUACUCUGCUCUUCAGCUCGCUCAAGGACUCAAGUUGGCCAUUGCGGGCAUGUUGGCACAAGUCCGCGAGAACGAUUACAACUUAAAGACUGAGAUAUAAUGAUCAUCUUUCAUUGGCAUUUCAGUUUUUCCCUUCUUUAACCAAAU